GUAUAACUAUUUAAAUCCAGGCUACAUCCUGUACAGUUGACCAGCGGCCAGUAAAGUAUAUCACUGUCUGUGUGACAGUUAAUGAUCUUAGUGAUCUGGCGUAUGAUAAUUUAAUCAUUAUUUUAUUAUUCUGUACCUGGGACGGCCUAUCUGGACAUGAGAGUGAUGUCCCUGGAGGUUUCAGCACUGGGCGUCUCUCGACUUAACAUUCGGAUCGAUCCUCGUGAGAAACUCGGGCUGUAGACCAGAUAGUGAGUCCACCAGGAGUCGUCUGCUAGACAUGGACAAUAGAAGUGAGGCAAACUUGGCUUCAGUAGGUCCGUGAAAAGAUUCCUCCACUUGAACAUCAAAUCGCUCACACGUGAACAUUGUUGUGGAUCACUCACUUGUGACUAUUAUCAUGUUUGGAUUUAAAUUCGACUUUUUGUUUUUUAAUUGAAAAAAAAAUUCGCACAAUUUGUGUUACAAAUUCACCAGCAAAGUGGACAAUGCCAAUAUAGUCAACUAGAAGAAAUUAAAAGAUACAGAAACAUUUUAAGAGAGCCAUUCUACUGCCUCUUACUGCGACUUUUGAAGCCUCUCUCUUCAAUGUACAGCGGCGCUAGCAGCCCCACUGGUCAAGACAUGUGCAUAAUACUUGUGAGGCAGGACUCUACAGACUCUACAGACUCUAAAGACUCAACAGACUCUACAGACAUCAAAUCUAUUACAACAGUGUGUGAACGUGCCAUAAGAAGAAAGUAGAACUCGAAGUAGAACUAGAGAUCAUGCUUGCACCUAUUAAAGUAGAACUAGAGAUCAUGCUUGCACUAUUAAAGUAGAACUAGAGAUCAUGCUUGCACUAUUAAAGUAGAACUAGAGAUCAUGCUUGCACUAUUAAAGUAGAACUAGAGAUCAUGCUUGCACUAUUAAAGUAGAACUAGAGAUCAUGCUUGCACUAUUAAAGUAGAACUAGAGAUCAUGCUUGCACUAUUAAAGUAGAACUAGAGAUCAUGCUUGCACUAUUAAUGUGAGCGAAUCCCUGCCCGCCAAUGACCAAUCUGCUACUAUCAGGCAACGCCAAGCAGACGGUUGGACUAACUGCCGACCACCAGACGGGUCAGCAGCUGCAUGUUUCUGGAGUGUUUAUCGUUCUGCUGGAGCUGGCGCUGAUCUUGGAGAACCUACUACCAGUGUAUGUGGUGCUACUGUGGUUGCCGAAUAGAGCUGUGAGCGACAGGCUGGUGGCGGCCUUCAGCAUAGUUUGCAUCUUGUCCGCUAUUGUUCCAGCACCUCUUGGUCUAGCGUCCUAUUUCUCUGGUGGCUGGUAUGGAGGGGCGCCGACUUGCACCACUUACCAGGUGACGUCAUUGUGGUGCAAUAUGAGCUCCCUUGCCCUCCUGACGUAUAUAUGCGCCCACUGUAACGUCGCCGUCAGACACUUGUGCAAGCUGACGUCAGCAGAGAAACAUCACACUCAGCAUCUCAUCUCCUCGUCAUCGACGUCCCCAGGCUUGGACGUCAGGAAUUUGAAGAAGUCGACUUCCUGUUCAAGACCUGAAGUCAACAACUCGGUCAUUGCAUGUCAAUCAAAGACAGACGUAAAGAAUCAUCUUCCCUCAGAUGUCAAGGAUGACUCGCUCGCUAUCAGAAAAACGGAUUCUGAGCCAACAGUUUCAACAGAUGUGCCUCCAAAACAAUCUGAACGAUUUGACGAUGCCCCAGUCGGAGAAGACAAUCCUAAACUGUCUAUAGAAGUUCGCCAGCUUGGGGCAAUUUAUACCAAUAGUAAUAGUACGUGGCUUGGCACUUCACAUAGUAUCAGUAGUCCAAGUACCAAGCCAGAGAUUCAUGGAUCCAUUCAUUUUAGCUCAAGAUCAAACCGUGAUGCAUCUUUGAGCACUUCAGGCUUCGGAUACUCUCGUCUAGAUGCACGUCAAGAAUAUCAUCCCCGUGACUCUUCCACAGACCUCAAUGGAUCCUGGUUUAAAACCUGCAGGUCGAGUGAUUAUGUGACCCUUAGCUUGUUCUUUGUCUUCUUUUUGACAAUGAGCAUCGCUUCUCUUCCAGUGGUUGGGUUAGGUCCUCCCACGGACAUUAGUGAGACCUCUUGUAGGUCUUGGCUGGUUCCUCUUCCAGAGCCCAUACAGGAAAAAGUGUUUUGUAUCGCAUUCAUAGUUUUCAUUUCUGUGUGUUUAAUGACAGGCUCUUGGACAGGAGUCUGUGUCUGUAUACAGGUAAGUCAAAGAAUAAAACUUGAAAGACGACGCAAGUGCAGACUCUACCAUGAGGAAAACGUCCCUGACCUUGAAGAGCUGUCCAUCAUAGACACUAUGAAACGACAUUAUAGUCUGACCUGUAUAGUUCUGGCCGGUCAACUCACCUGGGUGCCUUUACUGUUAAUGAUGGUGUUACACAAGUCCGGAGUGGAGGUCAGUGAGGCGACACUCAUGUACUCUAACAUCGUCACUUCACUGCCGGGGCUGCUCAACCCACUGCUGUAUAGUCUCGCCUUGGCCAACUAUCGAGCAGGCUACAAAGCGUUUUUAAACAAGUGUCAAUGUCGUAAACAGAGAAAAGGUAAAACAACUGAUUCCGUUGAUGACCAGUCAGUGGAUGUCACCAUCAAUGUAUCCCAGCAUGGUCACCUGUGUAUUCACGGCAGGGCCAAUCCCAGCGGUUCUCACACCGCUACAAGCUCAUUUGACUGUGAAGAGGAUGAGGACGAUUACCCUGACUCUGUGGCGGAGCCAGAACCGGGGAGAGAUGUGAUUUUGAUGCCCAGUGAGAAAACACCCCUAAACGCUCCCGCAGACAGCGUGCCGCCUCUGCUCAUCAACUCUCCCCGCCUGGCCCGGUGUCACCCCCAGGGCUUGGACCAAUCUAUUGAAUAUUUACUUCCAUGUGUUGACAAUGAUGAUGAGACUGGGUUGUGAGAAGACCCACAGGGUCCCAUUGAGUUUAUUAAAAGACUAUAAAAAGUACAUUUUAUGUAUUGAAAGUUCUGCUUCAUUCGCAGUUUGAAUAAAUAAUUUAAAAAAAAUGUUAUUUUACAAAAUAAAA